AUUAUUAAGUUCUGUAAUUUGCAAAUAACGACUGAGACGUAAACAUUCACACGUGAGAAGAGAAAAGUCUGGGAGUGUCAAGAGAUUUGUUAUCGUGAUGCCAAAGCCAAACUAUUUUCUUGAUGAUCGCCUCGUUCCGAGAAUUAAACAGGUCAUCAAGGCACACAAUGGAAGAAUCAGUGUAGGAAGAGUUGCAGAAGAGCUUCAGUCCCAACACAGUAUAUAUGCAAGAAAGAAGAAAAAUGCUUUCCUGAAGUCAGUGGAAAAAGGAUUUUCUUUUGCUGCUAAAGAGUUGGAGAAAGAAGGCAUUUUUGUCUCAAAGGGAGAUGAUGCAAGUGAUGACAGUGAUACAGAUUCUGAGUUGGUGCAAUAUGAGGAUAAGAACAUAAUGAACAGCAUGAUCACCAGCAUGUACAGACAGAAUACUCCUGGGGCUGGGUCUCCCAUGGCUAGAGAAAGUGCAUCCCAGCAGACUCCGACAAAGAAACACGUGCAGAAUGGGCAGGCAACUGGGUCUGAUGCUUCUCGCAGUGGCACGCCCCAGAGUUGGUUUAUUGACCGAGGGAAGGACGGGUCGGCCAAAAAGCCAAGUCAGAGUGACCAAAAGGAAGGACAGUCUGAGGUGGAGAGGGGGCGAGAAAGUCAACAGGAUGAGAUAGAGCCAAACAAGAAAGAACGACCCAAAAAAAGACGCAGAGACUCCCCAGAAGGCACGCGAAAGAGGAAGAAAGAGAGGCAAGUUGUUAAUCCUACAACCACUUUUGCAAAUGUUGGAGGAAAUGAAAGUAUUUUACAGCACCUUGAGGAACGUUGCCAGUUCUUGGAGUACCCGGAGCUGCUGCCAAAGAUCAAAGGGGAUGUUCCGAAAAGUUUCUUGUUUCAUGGCCCCACUGGCUGUGGAAAGACACUUUUAGCAAAUGCUAUAGCAGGAGAAUACAAACUGCCAUUGCUUGGCAUGACGGCCACAGAGCUGGUGGGCGGGAUCUCUGGAGACUCAGAGGCUAAUAUAAGGGAGCUGUUUCAACAGGCAGCGGAGUUGGCCCCAUGUGUCCUCUUUGUUGAUGAUGUCGAUGCCAUAGCAACCAAGCGAGAAAUAGCGACAAAGGGGAUGGAAAGUCGAGUCGUUACACAAUUAGCCAACAGCAUGGAUGAGUUACGUGGGAAGAAUCUACCUGUCCUAAUGAUUUGUGCCACAAAUCGACCCAAUUCUUUGGAUGAAGCGUUCAGGAGAACGGGGCGGUUUGACAUCGAGUAUGCCAUGAGGUUUCCCAACAGAGAUGCCAGGAAAAGCAUUCUGGAAGCUCUGUGCCAGGGUGUCCUACUCUCGGAUAAUGUGUCAUUGUCAGAGAUAGCUGACCUGACCCCAGGUUAUGUGGGUUGUGACCUCAAGACGCUCAUCUCCAUCACAAAUGCCUGUGCUCUAAACAGAAUUAUCUCAGACCUCAAGAAGGAGGGAAAGGCUUUGGUUCCUGAAACACCCAGCAGUGAGGGAGAGGCGGAAUGCAAGAGGCAAAAGCUGAUGUUCACCCCAGAGGAGGUGGAGAAUUUUGAAGUGAAACUUACCAAGUCAGAUUUUCAAAAAGCUAUGACGGAGGUCAAACCUACUGCCAAGCAAGAAGAUGUCACUCUCGUUCCCAACACGACGUGGGAUGACAUUGGUGGCUUAGACAGCAUUAGGAAGAAGCUCAACCUUUGCAUCAUGGAGAGAACGAAGCGUCCGGAGCUGUACCAGGCCAUUGGGAUGACGUCGGCUGCUGGUGUGUUGUUGGUGGGACCUCCAGGCUGUGGGAAAACUUCAGUUGCUCGGGCUGUUGCGAACGAAGCAGGCAUAAACUUUUUGUACAUCAAAGGAGCGGAGCUCCUAAACAAAUAUGUUGGUGAGAGUGAGAAAAAUGUGAGGGACCUCUUCAAGCGUGCCAGCAGUCUAGCCCCUUGUGUCAUUUUCUUUGAUGAGAUCGACUCCAUUUGCCCUCGGAGGUCAUCUGGCAGUGAUGAGAACUCAACUAGUCGUGUGACAAAUCAGCUCUUACUGGAAAUGUCUGGUUUGGAGCAGAGGACUGAGGUCUAUGUAAUUGCAGCUACGAACAGACUUGAUCGUUUGGACAAGGCUUUUCUCCGACCAGGUCGUAUGGAUAAAAUCAUUUACGUGGGCCUGCCGAACUCAGGCAGCAGAGUGGAAAUUCUUCACGCUCUCACCAAGAACGGCACUCGGCCGAAGCUGGCUGGUGAUGUCUUCCUGGACAGAAUAGGCCAAGACAAGCGCUGUGAUGGGUUCUCUGGAGCUGAUCUUGCCAAUCUGUUGCAAGUGGCGCGAGAGGCCUGUCUGGAGGAGAUCAUCGAGUCCACAGAAGCCUCUGAGCCCUGUGUGGUGCCAGUUGUCAGCAAUUCACAUUUUGAGCGUGCAUUUGACAGUGUCAGUGCGUCAGUAGAUUCUGAGUCCAAGCGGAACUAUGAAGCUGUGAGGAAGUUGCUGGAGAAUAAAACGGCCAAGAAAGAUAUGGCGAGUCUAGAGUCAGACGCGAGAGGGGGUGAUGAGGACAACUCGGGCAUGGAAGUGUCAUGACCUCUGCUGUCUUCGGAUCAUUGAGACCUGUUUUUGUGCUAGUUUUUAUGGCAGGUUACUGUUACUGUUUUUGCUUCACUUCUGUUCUCAGUGUGUAUGCCUUCUGUCACAUACAAUGUACUUUCAUGCUAUUUAGUCAGGUUUUUAUCUCCAAGUGAGUAAAAUAUUUGGAAUUAUGUAAUUGCAUGAAGACAUGCAUCUUUUAAGCUUAUAAAUGAAAACUGAAACACAACAAAUUUUUAUGAAGUAUGGUACUCUGCAGUUCAGCCAAUUUUGUUUGGAUCUAAGGAAGACAGACCUAACAUACAAUUUACAAUGUACAUGUAUUUCAUUUGUUAAAAUUAUUGCAAUGCUAGUGAUGUUGAUAUGAGAAUUAUGACUACAAAUAAAUAAGACAUAUACUAAAGAAA